UAGAUACAGACUUAUCUAUGCAUAUGAUUAUUAGUGGUAAUCAUGUUCCACAAAAUAUUAUACAUGAACGAGCAAUAUCUAGAAUUAAUCUAAGUCGGGAAGCAUGUGAUUUGGCAAUUUUAAAUCAUCGAGCUAACAAAAACACAACCAAAGAAGUUAAAAUGAAGCUUCUAGCAUCUCAUAAUGGUGCUUUACCAAAUGAACUACAAAAGUUAUAUAACAAUCAAAGGACCAUAGACAAUAGUCACGAGUUAGUAACUGGUAUAUUAAAAGAAAAGGGUGUUAUUUUGUAUUAUCAACAGCCAAACAUUAAUGUGAAUGAAGAUAUUGAUGAAAAAUAUGACUUGAAUAGUGAUAGUGCACAAGUAUUGUCUCUUGUUGUUGAAGACUGUAGAAGCAGAAGUAAAGAAGAAGCUAUAGAGCUUGGUCAUGUUUAUGAAUUAUUUAUUAGAACUCUACUACUUCCAGAAAUUACUAAAGAAUGUGUAAAACCUAUGACUACAAAUAAUCUUACAGAACAAAUAAACAAAUCAAUCGAAGGCAGACAUGAAAAUUCUUCACAAUUUAUAUUUGAACCUGGUCAA